AUGCCCAAGUACAUGCCCAAGUACCUUCUCAAAGGGGGGAAGAUCGCGACAAGCGUCAAGGGCAACGACGGCGUUCAGACGUUCUACGGAGACCUCCUCGUGGAAGGAACGACGAUGACCAAGAUCGAGGCGGUCAUCGACUGCACGGACAAGUGGAUCACGCCCGGCUUCAUUGACACUCACCGCUACCUCAUGACUGAAUACAUGAUCAAGAUGCCGUGGACCGUCCAGCCCGACAUCACCCCAGACGAAGUCCGUAUCGGCACCCUCGCCGGCUGCCUCGACCCCCUCCACAACGGCGUCACCACCCUCCUCGACCACUUCCAGGCGACGAUGAGCCCCGCGCACUUCGACGCCGCGCUCGCCGCCUCCGCGCCGACGCGCCUGUACCCCGCGAUGGAGUUCGGCGACGACGCGGCCGCGCGCGCGCGGCGGCUCGACCGCAUCACGCGCCUCGGGCGGGAGACCGGCGGGAGCCUGCGCGCGGACGGGCGCGUCACGCUCGGGCUCGCGUACGACGCGCUCAUAUCCGGGGCCGGGGGCGAGGCUGGGGCGGAGGCGCACCGCGGCUUCGUCGUGUCCGCGCACGCGCUCGCGGACGCUCACAUUACGACGUGGCGAGACGUGGGCCUCCUUGGGCCGGACUUGGUCUUUGGGCACUGUAACAACCUGCAGGGGCGUCCGGAGGCCGGGGACGAGGUGUGGAAGCUGCUGAAGGAGAGCGGGGCGGGGAUUGGGGCGACGCCGCUGGGCGAGCUGGGGACCGCACAGGGAUACCCCGUCGCCCUUGAAGGGACCGAGCAUGGAGUCAAGUGUGGUCUGGUAGUGCUCCAGUGGCAGCGCAGAAUGCACCACGCUGACGUUCGCGCCAACAAGUCCCCGGCCCCAUACAAGAACAAGUACAACGCGGGCGACGUCUUCCGCCUUGGGAACCUUGGAGGUGCAGAAGUCUUGAAUAUGGAGAACAUCAUCGGCACUAUCGAGGUGGGCAAGCGCGCCGACCUCAUUGUCUUCAACGCGAACUCUCCGAACCUCUGUGGGGUUGAGGAACCAGUGGUCGGCGCUGUCUUCUACGCGUCAAGCGAGGACGUGGAGAUGGUGCUUGUCCGUGGAGAGAUUGUGAAGAAGUGCGGGAAGUUGCGUUGGCCGGAGGACAGGCUCGAAGGAGAGUGGAAGAAGUGGUGGGAUACCAACGGACCACCCUUUUAG